AUGGCUACCCAGACCGAACUCAUGACCCCUUCCUCUUCCCGGUCCGCGCCUACCGCCGUACGCCGCCUCUCUUCGUCGCAUUCCACUCAAAGGAAACCAUGGCAACACCCAGGCCGACCGUCUCUCCACUCGAGUCACUCCCGACCCGACUCUGAAGAGGGACAGCGUCUGUCACAACAUAUCAUACGUCAGGCAACGCGGACCUCACAUCGGCAGCAACCGAGAUGGUACAAGAUUCGAUGGUUCAGAGGAAUGAUUGACGACGUGAAAAGGCGGGCGCCGUACUACUGGAGUGACUGGACAGAUGCAUGGGACUAUAGAGUGGUCCCAGCCACGGUGUACAUGUACUUCGCAAACAUCUUACCAGCGCUCGCCUUUUCCCUCGACAUGUUCACGAAGACACACAACUCGUACGGCGUCAAUGAAGUGUUACUAGCCUCGAUCUUGGGAUGUGUGGUAUUCUCGAUCUUUGCCGCCCAACCUUUAGUCAUCGUGGGCGUCACUGGUCCCAUCACCGUCUUCUCCUACACUGUCUACGACAUUGUGGUUCCGCGGGGCACCAACUUUUUCUCUUUCAUGGCCUGGAUCGGCAUCUGGUCACUCAUCAUGCAUUGGAUACUAGCCAUCACUAACAGUUGCAACGCCUUGACCUAUGUCACGCGAUUCAGCUGUGAUACGUUCGGCUUCUACGUGGCCUUCAUCUAUCUACAAAAGGGCAUCCAGGUCCUCACGAGACAAUGGGGAAUGGCCGGUGCCGAGAGUGCUUACCUCUCUAUCAUGGUCAGUUUGUUAGUGUUGGGAUUCGCCUACGGCUGUGGCGUCUUAGGGAAUAGCAAUCUGCUUCAGCGGCACGUGCGAAAGUUCAUUGAGGACUACGGCACCCCAUUGACGAUAGUCUUUUUCACCGGCUUCGUCCAUAUCGGACACAUGAAGGAUGUGCACGUGGAAACACUGCCUACCAGUAAGGCCUUCUUCCCCACGGCCGACCGUGGCUGGUUUGUUCAUUUCUGGCAUAUCAGUGUGGGCGAUGUCUUCCUCGCCAUUCCAUUUGCCGUUCUCCUGACCAUUUUGUUCUGGUUCGAUCAUAACGGCAAGUUACUCUCCCCCACGGCCUGCAAAGUUUCCUCCCUCAUUGCUCAAGGAACGGAGUUUCCCCUUCGCAAACCGCCGGGCUUCCACUGGGAUAUCUUUUUACUCGGACUGACCACCGGUGUUGCGGGGCUGCUGGGCAUUCCAUUUCCCAAUGGGCUGAUUCCACAAGCUCCAUUCCACACAAACUCUCUCUGCGUGACUAGGCAAGUCGUGGAUGAGAAAGCGCGAGGACACAUCGUUCGAGUGACGGAUCAUGUGGUCGAGCAGCGUGUCAGCAACCUCGCGCAGGGCUUACUGUUCGUUGUCACCAUGACCGGCCCUCUUCUCAUUGUCUUGCACCUGAUCCCGCAAGGGGUGCUGGCCGGACUUUUCUUCGUCAUGGGCGUUCAAGCGCUCAUGGGCAAUGGCAUCACACAGAAAAUGCUCUUUCUGGCGCGUGAUAAGGAGCUCACGGACGCCAGUGAUCCGUUGGCCCGGAUCGAUCGUCGGCUGGCCAUUUGGGUGUUCGUCUCACUCGAGCUCGUCGGCUUCGGUGCCACCUUUGCCAUUUCCCAGACAAUUGCGGCCAUUGGAUUCCCGGUCAUCGUUCUCCUUUUGAUUCCACUGCGGACGUGGCUGAUGCCGAAAUGGUUUCGGGACGAGGAGCUGAGGAUCCUUGAUGCUCCCACUGCGGGCGCAUUCGUCAUGGAAAGCGUCGGCGGUGCUUAUUACGGCAGCAGUGAAUCUUCAACGCCCAACUCUAGUCCACCAGACGAGAAUGACGAGACCGCUGUCGUGGAUGAUACCCUUGAAAGAGGAGAGAGCUAUGAAUUGCGCAGCUCUACGUUGGGCAAAAGGAAGUACGACAACGAUGGCCACGCCGCGCCUGCUAGCGGCAAUGAUCAGGGCGCAAGCCAUUCUCCGGAUGCGAGAAGGCUGAGCCACGGUGAGGUGCAGAGACCAGACGUUGGAAUGAGAAGACGGAGUCGCGGAUCAAUUCACCGAAACGCUUGA